AUGGAACUCGGAGAAGAGUUAAACCUGAACGCGCUCGGUAUACUCAUGCUAAACAUGGGAGAAUAUCAGUACGCUCAACAAUAUUUCACAAAAUCAAUUCAAAACCAACAGCUAGCACACCUUGAUAUCCCACAAAACUACAAUUAUAUCGGACUAGUUCAUACUAAGAACCGUGAAUACGAUAAAGCAUUAGAGAAUUAUGAAACGACACCUGAAACUAAACUCAAGUCAUUGCCAUCCAAUCAUCCAUCAUUCGCAACUACAUAUGAUAAUAUUGGACUAGUUCAUGAUGAGAAAGGUGAAUACGAUAAAGCAUUCGAGAAUUAUGAAAGGACACUUGAAAUUGAACUCAAGUCAUUGCCAUCCAAUCAUGCAUCGUUAGCAACCACGUAUAAUGAUAUGGGAUCAGCUUUAUAG